UGUCUGUGCUCUUGCAACACCGCCCUCGCUGCUGCUCUCCCUUCCCUCCCACCCUCUCUCGCCUUAGUUUUCUCAGAGUGUUCAGACUCGGGCUUCAGUUCUGGCCUCUGGGGUUUGAGGACUGUGGGAUGGGGCGGUGAUCUCCAUCCUGGUCUCAACGCUGCGUGCCCCUUCCUCCAACCCGAGGCCCCGAGGCGCCGAGGCUCCCGGGACCUUCUGGUCAGAGCAACUUUGGACACCACUGCCACCGCAGCAGUCCCGAGCCCCAAUGGGGGAGUGAGAGGCCCCGCUGGCCGGAUAUGGGCCUCCCCACUGUGUCUGGCCUGCUGCUGCUGCUGGUGCUCCUGGCUCUGCUGGUGGGGAUACACACAUCAGGUGUCAUUGGCCUGGUCCCUCCCUUUGGGAAUCGGGAGAAGAGGGAUAGUCUGUGUCCCCAGGGAAAAUACAGCCACCCUAAAAAUAACUCCAUCUGCUGCACCAAGUGCCACAAAGGGACCUACUUGUACAAUGACUGUCCAGGCCCAGGGCUAGACACAGACUGCAGGGAGUGUGAAAAUGGCACCUUCACCUCCUCUGAGAACUUCCACCGGGAGUGCUUCGGCUGUUCCCAUUGUCGGGAAGAACUGUUCCAGGUGGAGCUUAGUUCCUGCACAGUGGAUCGGGACACCGUGUGUGGCUGCAGGAAGAACCAGUUCCGGGCCUAUUUUGGUGAAAAACAUUUCCAGUGCAUCAACUGCAGCCUCUGCCUCAAUGGCACUGUGACUAUCCCCUGCCAGGAGAAACAGAACACCGUGUGCACCUGCCACACAGGCUUCUUUCUAAGAGGGAGCGAGUGUGUCUCCUGCAGCAAAUGUAAGCAAGACUCUGAGUGCACAAAAGUGUGCCCGAGUGCCGUAAUUAAGCCUCUGCAGGACUCAGGUACCACGGUGCUGUUGCCCCUGGUGAUCUUCUUUGGCCUUUGCCUUUUAGUCUUCCUCUUCAUCAGUUUAAUGUGCCGCUACCCGCGGUGGAAACCCAAGCUCUACUCCAUUGUGUGUGGGAAAUCAGCACCGGAGAAAGAGGGCGAGCUUGAAGGAAUUACUACCAAGCCCCUAACCUCGACCCUGGGAUUCAGCCCCAUCCCCACCUCCAGCCUCCCCUCCAGCUCCACCUUCACUCCCCGGCCCAGGCCCAACUUCAGGGACGCGGCACCCUACAGGGAGGUGGCCCCACCAUCCCUGGAGACUGAGCCCAUCUUCUCCCCUGUGCUCACCUCUGCGCCCAUCCGCUCCGAUGGCCACAAGAGGGAGGACAGCGUCCCCGCGCAGGUCUCGGGUGGUGAGUGUGAACGCUGGCGGGCCGGGCCACGCCCAGUGGAGGCCUCGUCCCUGGCAGCCGAGCCCGUGACACUGUACGCUGUGGUGGACGGCGUGCCUCCGACCCGCUGGAAGGAGUUCAUGCGGCGCCUGGGGCUGAGCGAGCAUGAGAUGGAGCGGCUGGAGCUGCAGAACGGGCGCUGCCUGCGCGAGGCGCAAUACAGCAUGCUGGCGGCCUGGCGGCAGCACACACCAAGACGCGAGGCCACGCUGGACCUGUUGGGCCGCGUGCUGUGCGACAUGGACCUCCGGGGUUGCCUGGAGGACAUCCAGGAGGCGCUGCGCGGCCCCGCCUCCCUGCUGCCCGCACCCUACCUUUCCCGAUGAGGCCACGCCCAUGGCCCACCCCUCUUGGUCCCGCCUGCCGGAGGGAGGCCACACACCCCUCGCCUCCCGGGUAAGGCCCCGCCCCACGCCCGGCCUCAGUCCUGGACACUUUCUUUGGGACAUCACGCUAAGACCGUCGCUCACUAGGUGCCCUGUGGGCUGGUCCCCCCCUCGCCCCCGCGAGGAAGAUCUUGGAGGAACAGGCACGAGCUGGCCACUUAAUUGGUGCUACCCUCUCAGCGGGUGGACAUAGUCUUUUCUCAGCUACCUGCCACCGCGCUGGAGCCUGCGGUGUGUGCAGGCAGUGGGGCGUGGGUCUGCUCACUGCUGGCUGUGUGUGAGGGCGGAGAAAGGAGCACUAUGCCUCAGGCGCGUUUUGGGUGUGGAGGGCUCAGCAAGGCUGCUUGGGGACCCUGCGUGGUUCCGGGGCCUUUUUCACAGUAGCUAAGUAAUCUUUGUCUCAGUCUUAUCACACUAAUGGAAACAGCCUGGAUUGCCCUCAGGCAGGAGCGAGCACAGAGCAUUGGGCCUCCAGCUGGAGCUGUGGACUUCUGUAAAUACACUAAAACUCUGAAAUUAAACUUC